GAAGGUCCGCCGUCGAAGUGUGGAGUUUCUUCUCUUCCCGGAAUAAAUCCUGGAAAGUGAGUGGAGAGUGCUUAUCAAAUGACAUAAGGAUGGACCGUCGAGGUCUUAUCAACGGUCUCCCCAAGCCGAUUCCCGGAGGAGAUCGCAGAUCUGCUAGAGACAAAGGAACGCGGUACAUUCGCCGACUGUUCCAUUUUCAGCACAUGGACUUCCAGUUCGCGACCUGGCAAAUGGCCUCUCUGUUUUAUUCCCCGCAGAAGGUCUAUCGGAAUUUUCAAUAUCGAAAGCAGACAAAAGAUCAGUUCGCCCGCGAUGAUCCAGCGUUCCUCGUGCUCCUCUUGAUGUGGAUGAUCGUGUCGUGUGUUGCCUUCGUCGUCCUGCUCGGCAUCCACUUCUUGGGCUUCUUCAAAUUUUUGCUAUGGACGAUUUUCAUCGAUUGCGUUGGGGUUGGUCUCGUCGUCGCGACGAUCGUGUGGAUAAUAUGCAACAAAUACCUCAUCAAGCCUUCGUGCCGUCUCACCGAAGACGUUGAAUGGGGAUACUGUUUCGAUGUUCAUCUCAAUGCAUUUUUCCCCGCGUUGAUAAUUCUACACCUGUUCCAACUCUUUUUCUAUCACAUCGUUAUACGGUACGACACCUUCGUGAGUCGAUUCUUCGGCGACACGCUUUUUUUGAUUGCUUGCGCCUACUAUGUGUACAUAACGUUCCUCGGAUACAGUGCUCUUCCGAUUCUGAGGAAUACAAAAGUUUUCCUCUAUCCGAUGGCAGCACUGCUGGUCCUUUACCUGAUGUCGCUGACGGCAGGUUUCAACCUUUGUCGAACGCUGGUGGAUUUUUAUCAUUACAGAGUGAUGUAAAUAAGUGACUGAUGUGAGUGUAAAUAUUGCCUCAUUGUCCAGAGUUAUAUAUGCGAUGUAUCGCGUUUAUUGAGCUCAACGGACGGAGCUUACAGAAGCCGAUGAGCUCACGGAGAGCUGUAUCCUAGAAGGUCCGAGGGGAGAAGAUAAAAAUUG